ACGCACUUUGCACACUGAAAGAUGACGUGUACGUGCAAAGGCGGUACUGCUGAGCAUCUUUGAAUUAUAACCGUAAUAGCCACACGCAUGGGCAUGGGAGAGAAAAGAUGUCAAAACUGCAGUUUACAUUUUAAUCGCUAGAUGGUAGCAUCCUCUCUCAGAUAAAACCAGGGAACCAGGACAGAAAUAUUAAAAUGAAAUAUUUGUUACCAGAACGAAGAGGAUGCUGUUUACUUUACUGAGUGACGUCGACAUAAAAAUAAACGCUACCUGUCGCGUUCAAGCCUCAAGCAGGGCUCUAACAUUUGUUCCUGUCCUGGAAACUUUAUCGAUAAAGUUUGAAUUUGAAUGGUCACCACUGCUGUAACGAUGGCGGCCGAUAAAACUGACACCUUAUACGCAGUUCCUUCUUCAUUGUCUGCCAAAGUGGUUGGGUCAUUUGCUUAUCUGACUGUGAGAGACAGACUGCCUACCAUCCUAACUAAAGUUAUAGACACAAUACAUCGCAACAAAAACAUUUUUUUUGAAACAUAUGGAGAGGAGGGUAUCCAGGCAGAGAAGCAAACAAUAGCUCUGCUGGCUAAGAUGAGGAAUGAGUUGCUAACUGAUAAGCCAGUAGUACCACUAACAGACAGCCUGCAAGACACAGAGUCCUGGAAUCGGUAUCUGCAGAGACAUCAGAGACUGCAAGGGGACCAGGAGUUUGUUAGUUGGUUCAGGUCUCCCUGGCUUUAUGUGGAGUGCUACAUGUACCGCAGGAUACAGGAAGCCCUUUGGCUCAAUCCUCCCAUCAGUGACUACGACGUCUUUAAUGAGGGAAAAUGUCAGAGCUUUUUUGAAUCUCAGCAGGCUGUGAUCACCUUAUGUACAUAUUUGGAGGGUGUCAAAAAGAACAUGAAAGAGCCGUCUAAGAAUCAUCAGUUUGAGCAUUUCAACAAACUGCUGCUGGUCUCUUUAUGGGGCAACAGGUGUGAUCUCUCUAUUUCUGCUGGCCAAGAGAACGCACAGAAGACCAGUCCAAUAGAUUCCCUCAGUAGCCUACAACCGUUCAUCUUGGUGGAUGACUCCAGUAUGGUAUGGUCAACUCUUAGUUCCACCCAGAGGCCAGUACAGGUCACUCAAUGCAGGGUGGACAUUGUACUAGAUAAUGCUGGCUUUGAGUUAGUCACUGACUUGGUCUUAGCAGAUUUCCUGGUUUCCUCUGGCCUUGCACGUGAGAUCCGUUUUCAUGGCAAAUCUAUCCCAUGGUUUGUGUCUGACGUCACAGCUAACGAUUUUCAGUGGACCAUCCGGCAAACCAUGGCAGCCAACAACAAGUGGAUGUCCAAGAGUGGUGUACAGUGGCAGCGCUACCUGAAGGAGGGUGUGUGGUCCUAUCAAGAUCAUCCUUUCUGGACACAGCCUCAUGAGUUCUGUGAUAUGGCAGCUGAUGCUCCAGACCUGUACACGACCCUGCAGGGUGCAGAUCUGGUGCUGUUUAAAGGUGAUCUAAACUACAGGAAGCUGACGGGAGACAGGUACUGGGAUCACACAGUGGGCUUUGAUACGGCACUGCGAGGUUUUGGGCCUGCACCCCUGUGUAGUCUGAGGACUCUGAAGGCAAAUGUUCAGGUCGGCCUGCAGCCGGGACAAGGGGAAAAGCUCACCUUGCAAGAUCCAGACUGGAUGACCAGCGGCAAGUAUGCUGUCAUUCAGUUCUGCAGCCCAAAGUCAGGACAUUAAUCCUACCUUCAGACUACAUGUUGAAGUGACUCAAAUCAGAUUGUUUUUCCCCUCUGUGUGAGUCAGAUUUGAUCUUUUUACAGAUACCUUUUUUUUAGAUUGCAUCUGAUCUCGGAUAUGAAUCGGAUGUAGGGCCAUUUAUGUAAGUGGCCCAGAUCCAAUAUAAAAAAUGGUAUCUGUAAAAAGAUCAAAUCUGACUAGUCAGAGAUCGGAUAUGAAUCGGAUCAAUGACUAGUCAGAUCAGAAUUCAUGUGUUGUUUUUUUUUACUGUCCUGUGCUGCUACUCAUGCACAUACUGCCUUUCGUCAUCAUUCAGUGUCAGACUGACAGACUAGGAAAAACAAACAUGGAGGAGACGCUUUUGAUCAGGCCAAGGUGGAGGGAGCAUGUUGUAACUGAGGUGUUUGUGAGGAAUUGGCGUGUGUCUAUGUCACACAUAUUAUGUCGUUGUUAUUGUGUGCAUACAGCUCGCAUUCAGUUAAAUCUGCACACGCAUGGCAGCUUCAGAGUCCAGCAGUGUUCAGAUCAGAACUGGAUGCAUGUUGCUCGCAAACAUGAAUGUGAACCGUAAACAGAAAAAGAUCAGAAUUGAGCAUUAUGGCUUGUAAUGUGAAUGUACGAUGGACCACCAAAUCUUACUGGGAAGAUGUGGAUUCAAGAACAUUACAAUAAUAAAUACCAUAAGCAAAAGUUACCUUUAAGCCGCAAUGCUGUUUUGAAGUUGUGGUUUUGUUCCUUGUUGGUUAGAACCUAAUGUUUAAUUAAAAAAUGCACAAUAACAAAGAUUUAAAUCUUUCACUACUGAUCUGUAACAUCUUUUUCUUAAAGCUGCGUUAACUAAGAUUUAGCAGAAAUUUGGAUAAAUCAAGUAAAAAAAAAAGUCUGAAAUUGUUGUCUCCAUGCAUAUCGCUAAAAUGUAAACCUCUUUAUUUGACAUUGUCACUGCAACGCCACUGAAAACCAUGGGUUCUAUGGCUCUAUGUUCCAUAUACAUUAGUUCUGGAGCCAGUUAUUACUGCUGCACUACCUGACUGCUACAAUGGUCUCUGGCAGUCAUAACCACAUAUGGUCUAGUUUCAGAGACUAUGCAUGAGAGGUGAAGAGGAGGGGAUACUUCUUGAGUUUAUUUUGACUUUCACUUCACCCUUACUGGUCAAAAAUUAGAGGGAGAAGUUAGUUAAUGCAGCUUUACAAUGUUUGCACUUUAUAUCUAAAUACUAUAUUUCCCAAUGAUUUAAACACAGUGAUCAAUCAAGGUUGCUUCUUUUGCAAUGUGUUGUCCACAUUGUAUUAGGUCAUAAUAUUUACAUGAUUAUUAAGUUGAAAUUAAGUAAGAACUGGACCUUAUAAACCUCUACCUUAGAGCAGUACUGCUUCAGUCUUUGCAUGUACUUGAGAAGAGUGUUAGAUGUAUUAGUAUUGUAAUUCAGCUCAGCUUAGGUUGUUUUACUGCUUCACUCAUUGAUAUGCAUGCAUCAGAACACGCAGACAGCUAUUCAAACUUACCCGAGGUAGAGUGUAUGUCAUUUGGUAGCUGUUUUGCUCAGUUUGAAGUUAGUUACUGUUAUUGGGGGAUGUCUCUGUGCACCCUUUAGUCUAAAUUCCCAUUGUCAGGUUCAGUACUUCAGAGGUGAUAUUAAUUGGAUUUUUUUCCAGUGCUGCUGGGGAAAAUGACCACUUUCAUUAAUGGGUUUGAUUCAAUAAAGAACUGCAGUGACUGCUCUUAUUUCCCCAUGGUUCUAAUUUACAAUCAUGAGAAAUGAAAGAUGUGGGCAAUAACUUUUUUUGUUCGAUAGUUUCAUUUUCUCCUCUUUGGGCAAAACCUCAGCUGUUGAAUUGGUUUGCAUUUUUGUGUGGUGUGUACAUCCUGAUAGUGUAUUGGUUUCAAUCAGCAUUUGUGAAGUGCAGCAACAGUUUUCUCUUGUGUACAUACAUGUGCAGCCAAAUGUUGUGAACCCAUUCACUUAAAAACUGAACAAAUACAUCUGUACACACUCAAAAUAAUUCAUCAUUAGAUAACUUAAAACUUCACCAAGAGCGUGACGUUUUUUUUUAUUGGCUUUUUACAACAUUUGUUCUUACCUGUCGACCUUUCAUGUACCUAAGGUCAGCUUGGACCUAGAAAAACACACAACAAAACAGCUGGAAACGUGUGUUACAAUGCUGUUAAAACUGAACGCUAUCAUUUAGGCUGCUGACAUGCUUUGUGAAUGCGGGGUGUUAUGAAAAGGAGGCCAAUUACUGCAAGAAGCAUUCUGUUUUGAGCCAUUUAGGUGAUUUAGCUGUUUCAUUUCUCACCCUUCAUCGUGCUGUUUAAAAAAAAAAAUUAUGUAACAGGGUCUUCAUUUUAUUCCAGGGGAAAUGCAAAGAAUAUCAUCAUCAGGGCUACUUGUUUUUCCCACUUGACCUGACAUGUCCUGAAAAUUGGGCCAUUUACCCAAGAAAGAUGUUACACAUAAUGGAAAAUAAAGCCUCUGUGCCAAAUA